CAUAUUCCGAUAUGAAUGGAUGGUCUGAGUCUCCUAAACAACCCAGGUGAAUGUGUUUCCAGCACUGACCAGAAAGAACAUCCCCAUUGCUGUAGGCUUUACUGCGGCCCUCCUCACCACUGGGCACGGCCAACACCUGCUUGGCCGAGGUGCAGCCCAUCUCCUCACCCACACACAUCACAGGCUGACCUAGAGGAAGGGAGGGAGGUAAAAGAAGACAAAGAUAUGAAUAAUUCAUAAAUAAUUUAUUGGACUUACAUAGCGUUUUUCUAGACACCCAAAGUGCUUUACCUACUGUAGCAAGGAGGAGGCUCACCUCAUCCACCACUAAUGUGUAGCACCAACUUGGGUGAUGGACGGCAACCAAUUUGCACCAGGACGCUCAUCAAACAUCAGCUAUCAGUUGGAGAGUCAGGAAGAGACUUGCAACACUACCAGAGCCAGGCUAAGCAGCUCUGCCGCAAACUCAAUGCCCAGAGCCCCAACAGAUGUACCCUGGAGGCUGGGGUCAUGUCUUUCCACUAUGUAUUAGAACAUGGUGUGUGCUACUUGGCCUUGUGCGAAGCCGUGUUUCCCAAGAGGCUGGUCUUUGGGUACCUGGAAGACCUCCAGACAGAAUUCCAUGAGCAGCAUGGAAAGAAAGUCUCCACAGUCUCCAGGCCGUACUCUUUCAUUGAGUUUGACACGUACAUCCAGAAAACCAAAAAAACCUACAUUGACAGCAGGGCACGGAGGAACCUGGGCAGCAUCAACACAGAACUGCAGGAUGUCCAGCGGAUCAUGGUGGCAAACAUUGAAGAGGUCCUGCAACGAGGAGAGGCCCUAUCAGCUCUCGACACCAAAGCCAGCAAUCUGUCCAGCCUUUCAAAGAAGUACCGCAGCGAUGCCAAGUACCUCAACACCCGAUCCACCUAUGCCAAGAUAGCAGCCGGGGCGGUCUUCUUCAUUACACUCAUCGUCUAUGUGCGUUUCUGGUGGAUCUGAUGCGUAAGGACUGUGAAAGAGGAGAUAGUCUGGGUUCCCUUUGUAACCAAAUAUUAAAACUGUCAAUUGUAAUAUAUUAAUGGUUUCUGUUAACAGCAAAUCUUAAGUUCCUACAUGGGUGCCUUAGGGGGAGGGUGGGACCUUGUACACGGGUGCCUUAGGGGGAGGGUGGGACCUUGUACACGGGUGCCUUAGGGGGAGGGUGGGACCUUGUACACGGGUGCCUUAGGGGGAGGGUGGGACCUGGUCUGUGUACUGGAUGAGUGGAUGGACUCAUGUCUGUUUCAGCUGUGUGUCAUGUCGAAUAUCUGUAUGGACAUACUGACCUGUGGUUGCUAAUGUGAGCGAGGUGUAGCUUUCUGUGCAUUCAUAGUGUUUGUAUAAUCCCAUUCGCUGGAGUAUAAAAGGGAUUGAAAAUGUGUUAGCAAUGUUUACAUUACGAGGUGGGGGUUCUUUACCAUUUCUCUGAAGGAAAAUUCUAUAUGCAAAUGGUCUUAAGUGUGAAACAACUUGUUACCGUGAGUUUAUUGUUUACAAAACAUACAUAAUUGUAAGUAAUUAUUUGUUCAAAGGUAUAUUUACUAUCUUCUCAAUGUUUAUCAGAAUAAAAAAAUUGGAACACUA